GUUCGAGGGGAAGAGAAUGCUAGAAGCGAAGAGCUUGCGGAAGGCGGCCGUGCCGCCGUCGCUCCUGGGCAAUCCGUCGCCGGGGAACAUCCAAGCCACUCGCCUCGCCCUACACGUUAACGAUGGAGGUUCUUCCUGCUCUGUAUACAUCGCUUCCGGAUGCAGCGUCUACAAGAUCGAGAUAUCCAUGGAAGAUUCUAUUAUAACUACAGGAAAAGAAAGCCUUCUCAUUCCUGUUAAUGCAGAGGUUAAACAUUCAUCGAUCGUUGACCGUUGUCCUCAUCGUUCAGAGGUCCAAAGUGUAGCGCUUACGCAAGGAGACGAUAAUUGCCUUAUUAUGGGUUCUGUAGAUUGUUAUGGUCAUCUUAUUGUAUCAUGGUUGGAUGCACUUGGUUCAGACAUUGACAGGGUUUCUUAUUCAGUGUUGCCUCGGGAUUGUGGUAUUGGUGAAGGGAGUUGGGCUGGUGUCUGCUUUAGUCCAGUGCAGUGGUCCACAGUAGCAGUUGCCCGCAGCUUUUGCAAAAGUAUUGAUAUUUAUGAUCAAGAUAUUCACAUUAGGAGUUUACACACAUUGUGGUAUCCAGCUUCAUUGACCUUCUUCAGUAAUCCAUAUUACGAAGGAUGCCCCUCUGUACUAGCUGUUACUGAAGGCUCACAGUUGUCUGUCUGGGACUUGAGGACCAACCAAAAUGGUGGAUGUGUACAACGUGUUUGUGGCUCCGUUGGAGACCUCAUGUAUGCCCUGUGUAGUUCACCUUCUGGAGCAAUUGCUGCUGGUGGGACUGAUCGUGCUGUUACCAUAUAUGAUCCUCGCAGGUGGUCAGCAGUUUCAAGAUGGGUGAACUGCUCAAAAUACGAGAUAACAGGGCUUGCUUUCUCAACUAUAAACUCUGAUUAUAUUUACGUCCAAGGUGUUGGUUAUGAGGUUACUUGUGGAGCAUGGAAGGAAAGCAAAAGGACUUUCUCAUUUAGGGGAGACUCAAACUGGUUGGGCUUUAGUAAGUGUUCAAAUGCAGAUGUUCUUGCAGGAUGGUGCGACUCUGGUAGUAUCUUUGUGGCUGAUGCUGUAGAACAGCACUAACGAAUACAGAUCGACGCAGGAUAAAUCUUCAUGGAAGGCUCGUGUACUCGAACCAUUGUAACUGGAUAAGUUGAAACAUCUGUCAUUCGCAUCACACAUUGAUAUUUCUACCAAACUGUUGAUGAUGAGCGCCAAGUUCGGGUUCUCUGUUCAGUCAUCGUCUCGCCCAUUGUGAUUUCAAUGUUCCUUUGUGAUCGUUUAGUUGUGUAACAUAACAAAAUAUUAAAUAAUUUCUGUGUAAUUUUGUAAUUCUCCAGUGAUGCUAUCUUCUAUUUAA